AUGACAUCCAGGAGCAAAAAGUCGAAACAAACCGAGCCUCAGAAACCUAAAAAGCUCACGACCUUUUUCCAGACGAGGGACGCCCUCGGGCUCUAUAUUGAGCGGCCAGAAUCCUACCCUUCAUCGGUCGUGAUAUAUUACAAUGACAAUUUUGUCGCAAUACAUGAUAUGUUUCCGAAGUCAUCUCUUCAUCUUUUAUUACUUCCCCGCGAAGCGACCAAGUUCUACCAACAUCCCUUUGACGCUUUUGAGGAUAUCGAAUUUCUACAUAAGGUUCAGGAAGAAGUCAAGAAGCUACGCUCAUUAGCAGCGCGAGAGUUACAACGCCGAUACGGAAAAUACUCGCUGCAAGAAAAAGCACGUCGUGAAGCAAUGGAGCGAGACCCGCCGCCUGAUGAAUUACCACUCGGACGUGACUGGGAGAAAGAGAUCAUAACGGGGAUACAUGCGCAUCCGUCCAUGAACCAUUUACAUAUCCAUGUUAUGUCCGUGGAUCGGUAUAGUGAUCGGCUAAAGCAUCGUAAACAUUACAAUAGUUUCUCGACGCCGUUCUUUGUUCCUAUCGAGGACUUUCCUUUGGCUCCGGAUGAUGUGCGGCGUCAUCCAAGUAGGGAAGGUUACCUGAAUAGGGACUUUGAGUGCUGGCGUUGCAAAAAGAAGUUUGGGAAACAAUUUCAGCAACUCAAACAGCAUCUUGAGGAAGAAUUCGAAGUAUGGAAACACUUGUAG